CUGCCUACCCGCAUCCUCGCCGUGUCCAAAGCCAAGCUGUUGCAACCCAUCCUCCCCGGACUCCCGGACUCUCGAGUCUCUGCCUCUAAUCUUCUCCCAUGGAGCGGCUCAUCUCCACGCCCGCCGCCUCCCCCUCCCCUUCCCCCUCGCAGACCCGGAUCCGCCUGCCCAGCGGGUCCCCUCUCCUCCCCUCCCGGCGCCUCCCCGCCGCGGCAUGGCCCCGGCUGCGGAUACAGCCGGCGCGGCCCGCCGCGGCGAUCGCGCUGGCGUCGCCGCUGCGCCACGAGGGCCUCUCGGCGGCAGCGCCGGAGGAGGCGCGGGGCGACGAGCCGGCGGCGGCCGUUGGGCCCCUGUGGAAGCUGCUCGGGAGUCUGCUCCCGAAGGCUUCCACUGUUGCCCUUUUCCUAUUGGUGACACUUAUUACUGGCACCCUGCACUCAAGCAUCCCUCAUCCAGCCUAUGCAUCGAUGCAACCAGUAGCCAAUACUGGUGGAAGACUCUUCACGACAGAGAUACUAAGCAGUGGUUGGGCUGGUUUUUUAGCUGGGUGCUUACAUACCUUGUCUGGACCUGACCAUUUAGUUGCCUUGGCACCACUUUCUAUUGGGAGAUCAAGGCUUGAAAGUGGUCUGGUCGGGGCCCUUUGGGGCUGCGGUCAUGACGCAGGACAAGUUAUUUUUGGCCUGCUCUUCUUGUUACUCAAGGAUCGAUUGCACAUUGAGGUUUUCCGUGCAUGGGGAACACGAGUUGUAGGCCUGACCCUUCUGAUCAUAGGAGCCAUGGGUGUCCGGGAAGCCUCAGAGAUUCAAGAGUCCACGCAGCUAGUUUUGGAGGGUGUUGAAGCCAGCAUGACCAGCAGUGAACCUUUGCAGGUCCCAUCAGCUCCCAGAAAGAAGAAAGUUGGUUUUGCAACCUUCGCCACUGGAGUUGUCCAUGGUCUCCAACCGGAUGCACUGCUGAUGGUCUUGCCUGCGUUGGCUCUUCCGUCGCGCUUUGCGAUUUCCUGCUCUGUAUCAUUUGCUGGUUUUGUCUGA